AUGGAGGCCGACCAGUUGGCCGUCAGACUCGACGAUUUGAAGGCCAUCGCCGAUGCCACCUUUCGAUUGACCUUUAGCUUCACCAAACGCGACGGCAAGUUGAAAUCAGAGAUCCGGGCCGUUGCCAACGAAAUACAAGACAUCGCGGGCUUGUUGCAUCGACUUUCUUUGUUAGCAUCAGGACUUGAAGAUACUAAGGACCAUGAUUCGGACAUCAAUGCUGCCCCGCCCCCACUGAUAUCAUGUCGCACCACUUUGGAACAACUAGGGGGAUCGCUAAGGAGACGAACGACUAGAUCGGACGACGACGGAUGCGAACAGAAACGGGGCGCCGCUGUCAAGUGGCCAUUUACAAGGGCCUGGACAACAGAUCUAUUGAUUGAGCUGAGUGAGCAAAAGAAGACAAUUUCAGAGGGAUUGGAUGGAGAAUCAAUCGCACAUCUGCUACAGCUACUAUCAAGAGGGAAGUCUGUGGCAACCAUACGUGACGAAGACUGGAUAUCCGAAGUUUUUACCGACUUUCUCCAAUCCUCUGGCUAUUUUCAAGGCAUCUAUGUGGUCCUUGAUACUUUUCUACACGUCCGAGAAGAGUCAUACAUCAAGAUACAAGAUCGGUAUAAACACUUGCCAAUACAGUCGAGCUUUUUCCAAGAAGACGAGUUCGAAAAUUGGCUUGAUAAGGGAGGAUCACACCUUCUCUUCACAGCUCCUCCGGGCGGGGGGAGGACCGCCUUCACCGGCGCACUAGCACGGGAAACCUUUCGGCGACGCCGUGCACGAACUGUUGUUGUACCCAUCUACUUUGAGCUUCUAAGUAUAAGGGCUAGAUGGAAUAGAUGGACCACGGAUAUGAACAUACUUAGCACCAUCGUUGCUCUGAUCGCGCGCCAGAAUCAGGGCGCGUUUGAAGUCUUACGCCGAUAUCGUCGCAACCUAAAUAUCCAACCGAGAUGGGCAACAAACGGAGCGAGCAUGGAAGGACUGAAAGGUGUUCUUUGGCAAAUGUCAACUUUCUUUGAACAUGUCUUGGUCAUUGUAGACUGCUCAAAGUCUGGCGGAGAUGGCAUCGUACCGAUGAUCGCCUCUUUGAUAAAGACUUCCAAAGAAUCCGCACCGAACUUCAGUUUGGCAGUGGUUUGUCAAGACCUCGAGUCUAUUCGGGAGUCCUUGGGUGAUUCCGUCCUUAAAUGCGACAUUGCACCAUCCAUAGCCAUCUUGCAGGCUUUCGCUGCCACCGAGGUAGAAAGGCGAGUCAGGACGGGGGCUCUGCGGUUCGAACGGACAGCAAUGAAGGAUGCUACGAUCCGCAAACUCAGCGUUGGUGGCGACUACAUCUUCUGGAAGAUCGCAUAUCAACUUGACCACCUCUGCUCCUUGCAGUUCCACUCUGAGCAGGUUGAGUUUCUGGAGAAGCUCCCAUGCUCGCUGUACGACACAUACCGUUUAACGCUGGAAGAGUUUCAAAAGCGGACGCCAGCAUCUCGAAGCUUGAUUCUAAAGGCUUUGCAACUGACGAAAAGUUGGCGCCGCGAACUGAGUGUCCAAGAGUUCUGCCAAGCCCUUUCAGUUUCAGGCAUUUCCGGGCUAGAUCCUGAGAUGUUGGAGUAUCCGGAGGUGGACGAAUCAGAGGUUCUGCGACAAUGCAGUCCUAUGAUCAAAAGAUCGCUGGAUGGCGACAAGUUUGUGUUUGCGCACGACUCAAUUGAAAUGUUCCUUAGUUAUAUCGACCAAUCCAGCGAUUUGGCCGCAUACCGUAUCACGACUUCCGAAACGAAUCGGCUUCUUGCUACCUGUGCACUCAAGUUCCUGACUUUAGGUCAUUUCGCUCGACUUCCAAGCUUAUCGUUGUCAGAAGCGGAUUACAUCCGGACCAGGAACGAGAGAUACCCCUUUUAUAAGUUUGCUGCACUGACUUGGCACAAAAUUGCUGUCAGUAAUUGGGGGGACCCAGAAUUUGUCGUGGAAGCCAUGGCGCUUUUUGAUCCCAAACAGACAACAAAUUUCAAGGCUUGGUGUCUUGAGAUCUGCCGCCAAUACAGAGUAAAUGGUGGCUGUAGCAAUUGGAGAGGACGGAAAGACAGAGGCACACUCAAGAGGCCCCCAUCUAUUUGCUCUGAAACUACGGAAGUCAACUCUUCCGCCGCAACAUGGUCGAACAAAGAUUCAGGAGAUAGCACUUCAGAUACUCCGCCUCAUCUGGAAUCAUCAUCCUCCGCAAGUCCUCCUGUGAGGAAGAAGAUGUCCAAACGAUCUUGGGCAGCAGGUCAGACAAGGCGCCUUGCACGUGUGCUAAGGCGUGGCGACUUUACUCCUUUACACAUGGCUGCUCUUCUGGGCAUCGAUGCUGUCUGCUUGGAGUUAAUUCGAAUCGGAGAAAAUUACAAUCGACCGAGCAAGAUAGGGACCCCUUUGCAGUGUGCGAUUGGAGGUACUUUACUCAUAGGUGACCACGACAUCCCGGCGGGCAAUUCUCCUUUGCCACCCUGGCUCGACCGACCACGUAAAAGCACUAUUGAGCUGCUGAUCAAUGCGGGAGCGGACUGUACACGAGAUUUGCCUAGUCAGGCAUACCCUUGGAGUACUAUUGGUGCUUUAGCCCUGAAGGCCUCAGAAUGGGCUAGGAACUCUAAAAUCUUCGCGGUUGUCGUUAGAGGAGGUGCUCAACUGCACGAUGACAUUAUCGCUGUGUUCAGGUCGAUCUGUCGCAAGUGGUCAAAGCAUAAAGAUCCAGGAGCCAAGAAACAUAUUCAGGACAUAUUGGAAAUCUUAAACGAAAUGGUUGAGAAGAAAGAGGGCGAAUCGCUGGCUUAUCUCAAAGCUUUCCAGAAGGUGGUUUCGGAAACCACUGACAUCGACAUACCAUUGCCUGUCUCGCAAGGCAUCUCCGAUGACAUGCUUGUCCAACAGAUGUGGAAAUCAAUCGACGAUGACAACUUGAAAGCGAUCGAGGAUCAAUAUCAAAGCAACACAAGAAUCAAGGACCUCCUGAAAGACGACAUCUUGACGAAACUGCUCGACUUCGCUGUCACAUGCUCAGCUGUCAACUGCUUGGACCACUUGCUCACAAAUUACAUGGCCGAAAAUGGCCCACAUAAUUGGAAAAGCAAAGCAGUGCUUUAUUGCGUCGAAGAUGGAAAGCAAGAAGUCCUCUUAUGCUUAUUGAAGAAUGGUGCCCAAACCAUGAGAGCCAAUGCGAGAGGAAGCACCAUCUGGCAUCUCGCAGCUGCUAAAGCUACCUCAUCUGGGAUUCUCAAAAUCUUGCUCGAAAACAGCGACGAGGCAGAACGGAAAGAUGCCUUGAGAAUGUUGAAUGAGAGUGGCCGUACCGUGCUUGCCAAAGCCCUUGUCAGCAAACAGUACUCAAACGCCUCUAUGAUCCUGAAAUACUGUGGAAAGGAUCGUGCGUGCCUCAAGAUCAGACAUCCAUCACUCCCUCACCUUGUGGCAAGUAUUCAGGAUAGCGUCUUACUCAAGGAGUUGCAUGACUGCGAAAUGUUCGAAUUUGUGGCUAAAGAUACGCCUCUCAAUUACUUCCAUAUAGAAGAUUUGGCAGGUGUGGAAGCGGCUCGCCAACUUCUGGAAGUUUUUCCCUACCCUUGUUCCGGUCAGCCUCCAACGCCCUUGAGGACAUACCUGUCAAGAUCCGACUUGAACAUCUACAAGAAAGAAAUUGUAACGCUUCUUGUCCAGAAAGAGCUGUCGGCCGCACCUAUCGUCAACGGUGUUCAUACCUGGCAGUACUUCUGCAAAAGCGUGCGGGGUUAUUUCAGAAGAGCAUCAGAAGCUGAGGCCUGGGAAUGGUAUGGAUAUAAAGGUCAUCAAGUGGACUAUUGCUCACAAUUCCUGGCACCUGUUUCGUCGUCUUAUCCACAUGGAUAUUGA